AUGAGAGACUACAAAGUGGUUGUAUUGGGAGCAGGAGGUGUUGGAAAAUCAUCUGUAACAGUGCAGUUUGUCCAAGGAGUUUAUGUCGAAAGCUAUGAUCCAACUAUCGAAGAUUCUUACCGGAAACAGAUUGAGAUUGAUGGAAGAGCAUGCGAUUUGGAGAUAUUAGAUACUGCAGGUGUUGCGCAAUUUACAGCUAUGAGAGAGCUUUAUAUCAAGAGUGGAAAGGGGUUUUUGUUGGUUUAUUCCGUGACUGAUGAGAAUUCUUUGAAGGAAUUAUUAGCAUUAAGAGAACAAGUUUUGAGAAUUAAAGAUUCAGAUAAUGUACCCAUGGUCUUGAUUGGUAAUAAAUGUGACUUGGAAGAGGACAGAGAGUUAAGCAUAGAUGAUGGUAUUAAGGUUUCCCAGGAAUGGGGAAUGGUUCCAUUUUACGAGACUAGUGCGAUGUAUAAAACCAACGUAGAUGAGGCUUUCGUGGAUGUUGUUAGACAAAUUAUGAGGAAAGAGGCUGCCAUUAGUGCAGAAAAGAAACAGAAAAAGUUGCAAAAGGAUAAUGAUAUUAAUAAGUCGUCGCCUAGUGAUUAUGAGUCUACGAAGGAGAGACCAGAAUCGACAACACUUAACAAUAAGGAAAAGGCUGCUAGUGCUAGAGCGAAUCAAUCCAACGUAUCUUCUCCGAAAGCUUCAAAGUUUAAAGACAAAUGCUGCACCAUAGUGUAG